UUCUUCUCUGUUGCAGAUCCUCAAAUAUUGGAACGCUGUUAUCAUGUCUCCCCUGGUCCUUCUCUUCACUAGACUAGCCAUGUCCAGUUCCUGCAACUGUUCUUCCUAUGUUUUGUCUCUAGUCCUCUAAUACUCUUGGUUGCCCUUCUCUGCACCCUUUCUAGAGUUUCAACAUCUUUUUUUAUAGUGUGGUGACCAAAACUGGAUGCGGUACUCUAGGUGUGGUCUUACUAAGGCUUUAUGGAGUGGUAUUAGUACCUCAUUUGAUCUUGAUCCUACGAACUUCAUUGUUAACAUUUCUUUGCAGAUUGGGGACCGGGUCUGGCUGCCUGGUUGCCAUGAGCAGUGCAGUUGUUAUGGACCCUCGGACUUCCGCUGCGUUGCUGCCAGUUGUAAUCCUGGACGGACAUGUACUGUGAAGGAUGGGAAACUAGGCUGUCACUCCCCAUGGGGGACCUGCACAGUGACAGGGGACCCUCAUUACUUCACUUUCGAUGGGUCGGUGGCCCAUUUCCAAGGCACCUGUGCCUACGAGAUCUCGAAGGUUUGCAACACCUCCUCCUCCUCUCCGUUCUUCUACCGGGUUGUGGCACGGAAUCAACCACGAGGAAAUGCUCGGGUGUCUUUUGUCACUCGAGUGGAAAUCUGGUUGAAGAGCAGCACGCUAAGCUUUCAUGUUGUCCUAAGGAGCAGUCAGAUUGUAGAGGUCAACCAGGAAAUGGUGGAACUGCCCCAUACCCUGGAACUCACGGGCUUCAUUUCCAAGAUAAAAAAUAUGGUGAUUGUAAAAUUAGCAGCAAAUGUUGAAAUCCUUUAUAAUGGCCAACACACACUGUUCAUCAAAGUGGGACCAGAGUACCAGGGGAAGCUCUGUGGAAUGUGUGGGAAUUUUAACGGUAUUUCAGAGGAUGAUAAAGUGCUGCCCGAUGGAAGCAGAGCCCAGAACGAUUUGCAAUUUGGCAAUGCCUGGAAAACAGAGACCAGCCCAGCAGGGUGUUUGGAUGACAAUUCCACCCUGGAGCCCUGUGAAAAUCGGCGGGAAUACGAAGAGCUGUGUGGGAUUUUGGUCAGCCAAACGGGACCUUUUGCCAAGUGCUACUGGCAUGUGGAUCCUUCCCUGUUUUAUUUGGCCUGCCUCUACGAUUUAUGCCACUACGGGAGGCAGAACAACAUGCUGUGCAUCAGCCUUGCAGCUUAUGAGGAAAUGUGCUUUCUUGAGGGAAUUCAGACCCCAGGCUGGAAGGCUUCCGUUCAAUGCCCUGCCACUGACCCCUGCCUCGACUUGGCUUGUGGAGACGAUGAAUGGUGUGGGGAAAGGGGAGGAAAAUGGGGCUGCUUCUGCCACCAAUCUUACAGCCCCACCAAAAGGGCCGACUAUGAUUACCAGCUGACCUGCAAGAGCAGCGGAAGCACGGUCUCUCUCUCCCGCUGCCUUCUUUUCACCGACGGAUUCCCUGCCGAAAGACUCCACUUGGCUGACCUCAGUUGCACGGGCUCCUUAGUUGGAGACAGACUCGUCUUCUACUUCGACACGGUGCAGAAAACCUGUGGAACCCAAAUGGAGGUAAAUUCAACCCAUGCUAUCUACACCAACAUAGUGCAGGGUCAUCUGAAGAACACCUACGGUGGGAUGAUCAGCCGAGACCGGUUUCUUUUCCUGCGCUUCUCCUGUGCUUUCCCAUUGAACAUCAAUCUCUCCAUGGCAUCCGUCAUUUACCCCAUCCACGACAUCAUUAAUAUGACCGUCUCCUCUGGCCAAGGAAACUACCAGGCCAUCAUGACCUUGUACCAAGAUCCCCAGUACAGCAAACCGUUUGCUCAGAGCCCUAUUGUGCUCACAGUCAACCACAGGGCCUAUGUGGGCAUCAAGAUUUUGGGAGCUGACCCCACCCGCUUUGUGGUCACCUUGUCCUCGUGCUGGGCCACGCCAGAAAGAGAUCCUUCCUCCAGCAUUCGGUGGGAUCUCAUCACCAACCAGUGUCCCAAUCCUCAAGAUGGCACAGUACGAGUUGAGGAGGAUGGAGUCUCUCUGUUGGGACGCUUCUCCUUCAACGUUUUCACCUUCAUCGUGGAUUCUGAAGAAGUGUACCUACACUGUCGCAUCCGCCUUUGCAACUUUUGGUUGGCCAAAUGCACCAUGAAUUGCCUUUCUCCGGGCUCUGUGACUUUGGGAAGGAAACCUCCAUCAGCCGUCAUCUCAGCUGGUCCUUUCUUGAAAUACAGCAGCAGUUUGCUAGAUCACGCACUUUAGCGUCCUGCUGGAUUCCCUGCUAACUUCUUUUCCUGGGAACGUGGAUGGAUGGAUGGAGAUGGCAGACACGAGGCCCACCAUUCAGAGAGAGAUUUCACCCUGGAUUAGUCUUGGUUGGCUCAACGAUGGGUAGAGAUUAUAACUCAGGAUGUGAAAAAGUUUUGGGUGAUGCCAGGACAAAGGCGUCCUAUUUAGACCGAUUCUUGAUUAUUCAAUGGCUGAA